UUCUCCCCUUCUCCCCUUCUCCCCUUCUCCCCUCUCUUUCUUUCUCUGUGUCUCUCUCUGAUCUGAAAAACCAUUACUCCUCAGAGAGAUCGCUUCCUCUUUACAUUUAUCGUCGAUCCUCUCCAAAUCUCUCGAUUUUCCCCCUUUUUCUCUUUCUUUCUCUCCUCAAAGCCACGCCUUGCUAUUUUUCUCCCUCUCUGUUUCCUUCUUAGGGUUUCCACCAAGAACCAGUUUGCGGACUCGUUUAAUUUGAGGCUCUGGUAAAAUUGUUUGGAUGUCCGUGCAACUACAAUUGAACCAUGACUUCGAGUAUGUUGACUGGAGAGCGAAGGUGGGGUGCUCCAAGAAGAGGUGGAAUGACUGUUUUGGGGAAAGUCGCGGUUCCUAAACCUAUAAACUUACCCAGUCAAAGGUUAGAAAAUCAUGGUCUGGACCCGACCGUGGAAAUUGUUCCUAAGGGUACCCUUAGCUGGGGCAACCGAUCUUCUGCAUCAAAUGCUUGGGGUUCCUCCACAAUCUCUCCAUCUACUGAUGGUGGCAGUGGUUCACCAAGUCACCUCAGUGGUCGCCCUUCAUCUGGUGGAAGUGGCACUCGGCCAUCAACUGCCGGUAGCGAUAGAGCCUCUGAAUCUACUGCCAGUGCAUGGGGUCCUAGCUCUAGACCAUCAUCAGCUUCUGGGCCAUUGACAUCAAAUCAAUCAUCACUAGCAUCAUUACGUCCUCGCAGUGCAGAAACAAGACCUGGUAGCUCACAGCUAUCUCGGUUUGCUGAACCCUUGUCUGAAAAUCCAGUGGCGUGGGGUGCAGCUGGUACUGCUGAAAAAUUGGGGGUGGCAUCCUCCAAGAGUGAUGGGUUUUCUCUGACUUCAGGAGAUUUUCCAACACUUGGUUCAGAAAAAGACAAUUUUGGAAAGAACACCGAGUUACAAGAGCACAGUUCACAUGCUCGCCCUGGUUCAUCUUCUGGCAAAGUAGCACCAGUAAAAGAGAGGACUGGGACCUCCUCCCCAGUUGGUGAUGUUUCCGUCAAUGAUGUCAAAAGUGGAGCUGUAAAUACUUGGAAAAGGGAUAAUUCCACAUAUGUGGAAGAUGGGCCCCGACCCAGUGUGGAGAAAUGGCGGGGGGAAUCCCAACCAUACCUAAAUGCUAGCAUUCCCCCUCAGCAUUUUGAACCUUGGCAUGGAACACCUUCUCCAGGUGGCGUUUGGUUUAGAGGACCUCCAGGUCCUCCAUAUGGCGCACCGGUUACUCCUGGUGGCUUUCCCAUGGAACCAUUUCCUUAUUAUCGUCCCCAGAUUCCAGCUACUGCCCUUGCCAACUCACAGCCAGUUCCCCCACCAGGAGCUGGACCAAGAGGACACCACCCGAAGAAUGGAGAUAUGUACAGACCUCAUAUGCCUGAUACUUACAUCCGCCCAGGUAUGCCAAUCAGGCCUGGUUUUUACCCUGGUCCAGUGCCUUAUGAGGGCUAUUAUCCUCCUCCAAUGGGUUAUUGUAAUUCCAAUGAACGAGAUCUUCCAUUUAUGGGAAUGGCAGCCGGUCCUCCUGUUUAUGAAAGGUACUCAAAUCAAAAUGCUCGUGAUUCCAACAAUUCCCAUGCCAGAACUGGUGGAUAUGGUUCUUCUGGAAAAGCCAUGGUUCCAGAGCAAGCUGAAUCUGGUUAUCAUCAUGAUAAUAGAGGACCGUACAAGGUUCUUCUGAAGCAACACAAUGAUUGGGAUGGGAAAGAUGAACAGAAGUGGGAUCACACUGGGACAACCAAUGCAUCAGAUCUAGCAAAGGGAGACCAACGAAAAACUUUGCCAUGGGAUGAUGAUUGGGAAGGAGAUCCAAAAAAGGUUGAAGAGUUGGAUUCAAGAAGAAUAAAAGUUGUUGGGGAAGCUGCUUCUCAAACUUUCGACAAUCAAAUAGGUUCUUCUGCCCCUGUCAAAGUAAAGUUAACUGAAUGUGUGAGCAGUGCGAAGCCGCUUGAUGACAGCUCCGCAAAGAAAUUUGAAACUGCAGCCUCUACUUUUCCAGAAGCUCCAAAACCAUCCCCUCCUGCUCCAAAGGAUUCCACUCUGAUUCAGAAAAUAGAGGGUUUAAAUGCAAAAGCCCGGGCUUCUGAUGGACGGCAUGAUGCUCCAUUUGUUUCUAGCAGGGAGAAGCAAAAGAAUGGUUUACAAGUUGAUAAUACUAAGACCAAUCAAUCCACAAAGGAGGCUGAUUCUGGUGCUACAUAUUCUGAAAGGAUUCACACCAAUGCAAUCCCUGCCUCCCAUGAAGUAGGCGUUUCUACUGGACUUGGAAGCAAAGAUAGAAGCCUUGAACAGGUAGCUGCUAGUGGAACAGUGAUCUCCAGGAGAGCAACUCAUGGUGGGCAAGGAAGAGUUGACCAUCGUGGUAAAGGAAGGGUCAAUGCUCAAGAUGUUGAUGGAUGGCGGAAGAAAUCUCUUGUUGCAGAUUCUUCAAGUGUAACAGGGUCUGGCAAUGUUGAACUGUCCUCUAAUGUAGAUGUGCAAGACUGCCAUUCCUCCAUGCAGGCUCCUCAGAAGUCUGGGUUACACCUUCAAGGAACAGAGGAUGGAGAAGAAUCUGGGUCCAUGUCUGAUCCAAGUGAUAGCCAGGCACAGCGAGCUAAGAUGAAAGAGAUAGCCAAGCAACGGGGGAGACAACUACAGAAGGAGGAGGAAGAGCGAAUAAGAGAGCAGAAAGCCAAGGCUCAUGCUAAAUUGGAAGAGUUGAAUAGGCGUACACAGACAGUGGAUGGUUCGACUCAGAAGUUGGAAAAUGUUCAAUCAAGUGGUGCUUUCCAGCACAAGCAAGAAGAAUUGCAAAUUGUUGCUGAAUCCAAUAUGGAUGCUAGCAAAAUUGGAGCAUCAUCCUCGGCCUUGGUUUCUGGCCCCAGUGUAACUACUCAGAUUCAUGAAAGCAAUGCCAGUAGAGUUGGAGGCUCCACUGAUUUGUCCAGAGAGCUACCUAUAGAGACACCAAGGAGUCCCUACCAGGAACCCAUUAUUUCAAAUAAUCAAUCUUUGCCCUUGCAACAAAAUGCUAAUAGCAUUGAUGCUGCAGAUAAUAGAAAUUCUCCCCAAAUAAAUGAUGGUAGUAUCUUGAAGCAGAAGCGAGUGGGUUAUAAACAAAGGCAGAAUAUUCCAAAGCAUAACAUCCCUGUGGAAACGAAUUUAACUGAAAAGUUAGUUUCUACUGUGACAAUUGAGGUGCCAAAGAGUCUUACUGAUGUAGUGGUCAGUACUGCUGCUUCAGUUGAGCAUGUUGCAACUGAAAUUGUAACGAGCAGUGAAUCAAACUUGCCUGUUAAUGCAAAUGUUACCACAGAGUCGUCGGGACAUCAGAGAAGGAAAAAUAACAGGAUUGGCAGGAACAAGCUGAGGCUGGAGGAGGCAUCAUUGCCAAGAGAGACAAAUCCUGGUAAGGCUUCUGUUGAAAAUGCUGAGCCAAAGGCUUCUGUACUUGAGUUGGAUCCUAGUUCAAUUGAGUCAAUCUCCAAUUCUAAAGAUGCAAUUCAGUCUUUUGAGAACCGUGGAUCUUUACCAAACGAAGAAGCCCAUGGUAGACCAACGAACCAGUGGAAACCCCAACAUCCUCGUAGGAUGCCAAGAAACCCCCAAGUUAAUAGGUCUGUGGAAAAAUUCCACAACAGUGAUUCUGUUGUUUGGGCACCUGUGCAGUCACAGAACAAAAGUGAGGUUGCUGAUGAGGCCAGCCAAAAAACUGUAGUUGAAAAUACAUCGUCAAGGGGGGAUCAUCAAGUGCAGAAUAAUCUUAAAAACAAGAGGGCAGAAAUACAGAGAUAUGUUCCAAAGCCCGUUGCCAAAGAACUGGCUCAACAAGGAAGCAUUCAAAGACCAACUUCUCCUUCAAUCAAUCAGACAACAUCAGAUGAGACUAUUGGGAGGGGGGAAUCUGGUUCUCAAAGCACUGACAGUGCUCAACUUGCUGGUACAGCUAUUGAGAAAUCAGGGUUUGCUGUGGAGUCCAGGAAUGGUGACACUAAGCCAAAUAGGCAGGCAAAAUCUGGUUCAUGGCGCCAAAGGGUUCCAAUAGAAUCAACCCAUGUACAAGGCUUGCAAGAGGAAUCCUCUUACAAUUCAAGCCUGGGGAAGAAUGUUCAGAAAUCCAUUGAGCAUAGUGAAACCCUAAAGCCUGAUGGGCAAUCAGUUAAGGGCCAAUCAAAAUAUUCUGAUGAUUGGAAUACUCCUGACGGUUGGAACACACUUGAAAGUUCUGAUUCAGCUGCUCCAGUCCCAUCUGCUGUUGUGAAAGAUCAAGGAGUAACAGGCAGAGGAAAGCGACAUCCAUUUAAAGGGCAAAAGGGUACGGGGAAUACUCAUGGUCUUGAUCACAAAAAUGUUAGUAGUGGGAACACAGAUAAAAUGUGCUUUCAAUCCUCGCCUCUUGAGAUGGGUCAAACAGACACAACUGUUGCUUUGAAAGAAAAUCGUGGUGCUGGGGAGCGGUCAUCAUCUCAUUGGCAACCCAAAUCCCAGGCAUAUCCGGUGCAUAAUCAGCGGGGUGGCAGGCACAACAGCAGUCAAAAUGUUAAUGCUGAAGUUGCUAGGACCAUCAGAAAGGAGUCCACUCCCCAUGGUGGAGCACAUUUUCCACCACAACAUGACAAGGAGACCGACCAUCCUCACACCGAUCAACCUGCAUCCGAAACUGGCACUGUAAUAGAAGCACCAAAUGCUGGGCAUCAGGAGACCAAGAGAGAGGAAAAAAAUAUAGCUUCACUUAAAGGACGCCCUCACUCCCCAAUCCAAGGUCCUGUUAACUCUGUUGAACCACUUCCUGCAGGUACCGAUAUUCGAAAUGAGCAGCGGUUGUCCACAGGUUUCCGUAAGAAUGGAAACCACAGUAACCGUUUUAGCAGAGGGGGGCAUGAAUCUCAUGGAGAUUGGAGCUCAGGUGGGCAAGAUAACAAGCAACACAAUCAACCUCCAAACCGGGAAAGGCAGAGGCAUAAUUCACAUAACGAAUACCAGCCUGUUAGGCCAUUCAGCAACAACAGAUCAAACUUUGAAGGAGCAUCAGAUGGUUCACAUAAUACAAGUUUGCGGUUCAGGGAGAGGGGUCAUGGGCACUCAAGGCGUGGUGGGGGAAACUUUUAUAGUCGGCAAAGUGGGAAUGUUCAAGUAGAUGCUAGUUAUGAUUGAUGAAGACCAAAUAUUUGAAGCUGGGAUUUUUGCUUUGGUUGGAAACCAUUCCUCAAAAUGAUUAGCUUGCAGCUUGAUCUCCCAUGUUUACAGUAGGGUGAUGAGCUGCAUCUAUGGUGAAAACCGUGUAGGCUGAUUGGAAUUAUUGGGACGUGGGUGAUUUCUGUUCUUAGUUUUAAGAAAAUGUAUCUGAUUGGGACGCCUUAAUUUGGUCAAGGUUUGGUUUCUGUGGAACACCUUUGAUAUUUUUUAAAAGAACCUUGUAUUUAGUGGCUUCUCUCUAUAUCCAUAUGUUCUAAAUAGGGAUCCUCGAGAGGGAUUGCUAGAUGUAGAUUUUGGCAGGUAACGAACAAGUUUCUCCCAUCUGGGUCUCUCCCCAUUUCUCUUACAUAAUGAUGUCUUUGCUUUUGCACUGCUUUGCAA